GCGGGGAGGGGAGGGGAGGCUUGGCCCUCCUCCUUCCCUUCCUUCAAUGUUGGUGGUGGCUUGGCUCUCUAGUCUUCAACUCCUUACACCUUGACUGCCCUACCCGCCUACCCACGGCGUAGGCACCGAACCAAGGCCAAACACGCACUGGCACACGCACGCACGCAAGAGUAUGGAGAUGGCAUCAUGGCGUGGCGUGCUCUUGCGCUCUGCCCAGCGCAGCUCUUUGCUCUGCGCUCUCUAGCCUCAGCGAACGGACACGCAAAGAUAAGCAGAGGGCAGAGGAGGGGGGAAACACACGGACGGGCACCGAACACACACUCCUACUUACAACCAACGGCGGUGCGCGUGCGCGGCCAAGGGCAGGGCAGGGCGUGGCAGGUCAGGGCAGCAAAGCGCCAGGCGGGCAUGAUUCCUCUGCCCGCCCGUCCGCAGCAGCAAGCAGCAACAACAACAACAACAACAAAAACACCAAAUCCAACCACGGCCACGACCACAGCCGCGCGCCCGCCAAGCCCGAGACGUCGGCGCGCGCGAGCCUCAUGGCGCGGCGCACACACGCGCCACGCUUUCGCUGCCCCGCCCCGGCGCGCGUGCGUGCGUGCGCGGGGUGCACGCCCUUUUUGCAUCAGCCUCGUCAGGGCUCCACCACCGCUCUCCACAGUUGCAAGCUGCGUGCCUGCGUGCCUGCACGCUGCAGCUCGCAGCUCCCUAGCUAGCUAGCUAGCUAGCGUAGCGUAGCGUAGCGUAGCCGCAACGAGGCAGGGAGCCGCACUCGUUCGUUCGUUCGUUCGUUCGUCGUCCUGCGCUGCUCCAUGCUGCUGCUUCCGUCCUUCGGGGCAUAUCGUCCGGAUCGGCCCACCCACUCACUCACUGCCCAGUGCCCGCCGUAUGCGCGCGAGUAGCGAGCUCGCCCGCCCGCCCGCAAGCAAGCAAGCAAGCACAUGGCGAGUAGUGGCGACGAGGGAGCGCCGAAGAGUGGGCGUCCCUGUAUGCAUGCCUGCAGGCACUCACGCACUCACUGGCUGAGA